UCCUAGAAGACAAAUAAGGCAGUAAGGUGUCUCCAUUCAGAGCCGGACAGGUACAGUAUAACACUCCCACUGUAGCUCCUCUUCUUACUCAUGCUUUAUUAUGUUAACUCUUUCUUUCUUUGCUGUAGAUAACACAUCUCCAAAGAUGGAGGGCAGGGUUCAAGGUGCCACAGCAACUUCAUCACUUGUUGUGGUGAAUAUUAUAUGGUGGAUGGUUAUGAUUGCAGCCAUUGGUGUGGGGGCCGCACAUAUCAAUGCCUGUCCUGUGCAGCCCUUCGUCCCCAUCUACCUGUCAGUGCUUGGAGCGGCCAGCAUCAUCUCUCUGACUCUGACCUACUCCCAGAGAAUGAGUGAGAGCGGCAUCAUCUACAUCCUGAUCUCAACCUGCAUGAGCUUCCUGCACAUCUUCACCUUCUGCUGGAUUAUUGCAGGCUCUUACUGGGUUUACACUGUAUAUCCUCCCAACUACACACCUGGAACUCGGUACUGCCAGAAGACGACCUUUCAGUUUGCGUUUGUUCUCACCACGCUAGUGUGGGUCAUUAUGGCUCUGUCAUUCUGCUGUGGUGGGUGCUACAUUGUAUUUGCCUGCUGCUGCGGCACUUUGAGUGCAAGACACAGGUUGUCACCCAACCACAAUACUUUGUAUGGUGCGACAGAUGGGGCUCAAGGAGGUGCUGCUGGUGAUGUGUGAAAGGUUUUGACAAGAGUGAAAUGUUUUAAAAGGGAUUAUACUGAUUCUAAUCUGCUCCUCCUGCUGAAGAUUAGUUUUUGGGUUUGUUUUUUUUUUUUGUUUUAAAGUAGCCUAGGUGUAAAAGCUUAAAGCAGUUGCAGGAAAAGGAUCUAAACAGCAGUUCUUUCUCUACAAUCUCAAUGCAAAUGCUUGAGGAGAGCUUCACUUUUUUUUACAAGUUUCUUUUUUGUUACAACACUUGAAGUGACAUCUUGUGGUAGCACCUCUUGGCUUAGUUUACCAAUUGUAACUGAGGGUAGACCAGUGUAGUACAAUUUACAACACUUUUACUCAAUAGGACUGCACAUCUCACACUUCCUGAAUGUUGACACCAAAACCAAUCAGUUAACAGUCAAGCCAAAUGAAGAUAAGGUGUUGAAGAUAAUUUAGAUGCAAUCAAUAUUGACUCAGAACUGAGAUG